GGGAUCAGAAAAAAAGAAGAAUUAAUUAAAAAAUGAAAUUAAAAAAUGAAAAAGAUAGAAAGAAAAAGGUUGAAAACGACUGAUUCAAGUUUCUCCCACCAAACUAAAACAAGAAAAAACAUUGUGAACAACUCCCUCCUUCACGUUGCGUUACCUUCUCUUCUUUUUCCUUCGUCUUUAGCUAACUCCAUUUCUUUUUGGAGAAACCAAAAAAAUCCAGGGCAUUUUAAAACCCCCAAAUUCUAGGGUUUCUGUUUCUUUUCUUUUAUCAGAUAUCCUAAUUUGUGUUUCCUUUGGACUUUUGUUCACCAUGUCGAGUUUGGAGGAGCCACUUGGUUUUGACAAGCUGCCUAGCAUGAGUUCUAUUGAUAGGAUUCAGAGGUUCUCAGCUAGUGCUUGUCGGCCUAGAGGCGAUGAUAGGGGCUUGGGAAAGUGCUGGAUUGAAGGGAGGAGUUGCAGCACAUCUAAUAGUUGCAAUGAGGAUUAUGAAGAAUAUACAGGGGAGGCAUUCCCAUGGAGGAGACACAUGAGGGAUGUUUCUGAAGGUGAAGCCUUGAACCGAAGGGCUUCAAGUUUAAGCAAGAAUCAGAUCAAAUCUGGACAUGUUUGUGACUCAAGGUACUUGCCAGAUCAUCAAUAUAGCUCCAAGUGCAAUGACAGAGGUACACGGGGUAUAACAAAUAAGUUUUUAAAAGGUAUACCAAAGUUUGUGAAGAUAGUAGAAGUUGGUCCGAGGGAUGGAUUACAAAAUGAGAAGAAUAUUGUACCUACUUCUGUAAAGAUUGAAUUGAUCCGGAGAUUGGUGUCUUCAGGGUUGCCUGUUGUUGAAGCUACAAGCUUUGUAUCUCCUAAAUGGGUUCCUCAGCUAGCAGAUGCAAAAGAUGUAAUGAAAGGAGUUUGCAACUUGGAGGAUGCCAGAUUGCCGGUUCUCACUCCUAAUAUAAAGGGCUUUGAAGCAGCUGUUGCAGCAGGUUCAAAAGAAGUAGCAGUCUUUGCAUCUGCUUCCGAGUCCUUUUCAAAGUCAAACAUUAAUUGUAGCAUUGAGGAAAGCCUUGUGCGCUACCGUGCUGUUUGUAAUGCUGCUAAGAAGCUUUCAGUUCCUGUACGUGGGUAUGUGUCAUGUGUGGUUGGAUGUCCAGUGGAAGGAGCAAUUCCUCCAUCCAAAGUGGCCUAUGUGGCAAAGGAACUUCACAAUAUGGGUUGUUUUGAAAUUUCCCUUGGGGAUACAAUUGGAGUUGGCACCCCUGGUACUGUGGUUCCCAUGCUUGAAGCAGUAAUGGCCGUUGUUCCUGUUGACAAGCUUGCUGUCCACUUCCAUGACACUUAUGGGCAAUCUCUUGCAAAUAUUUUAGUAUCUCUUCAAAUGGGGAUUAGUACGGUGGAUGCAUCUGUAGCUGGCUUGGGUGGUUGUCCAUAUGCCAAGGGAGCUUCAGGGAAUGUUGCUACUGAAGAUGUGGUCUAUAUGCUCACCGGCCUUGGUGUAAAAACAAAUGUGGAUUUGGCAAAGCUCAUGUUGGCUGGGGAUUUCAUCAGCGAGCAUCUGGGUCGCCAAUCUGGUUCCAAGACAGCGAUUGCGUUGAGCCGGGUAACCACUGAUGCCUCCAAGAUAUAAAGAGAAAUACCUGUAAUUAUAAUCCUGGACAAAUGGGGGAUAUCAUUCAUUCCACGAUAUGUUAAAUGCACAAUGUACAUCGCUAUAGAAAAUAAAAGAAACCCAUGUCAUAUACGUAGUAGUGUUUGUUAUUUUGGCAAUGGGGGAUAUCUAAAAGUAUCUAGAAGCUUAAGGAAAAGCUGCCCAUGCCCAUUGCGAGGAAUAGGAAUUGUAGCAUCUCUAAUGAUGAAUUUUUGUAUUUUCCAGUGAAUAAAAGGCUCAUUCAAGCCUAUACUUUAAACCAGAAGAACUGUGAAAGGGAUGGGAUCCCUUUAUUAAUUUUUUUUUAUCUAUUA